AUGAAGGUUAUCGUUUUUGGAGCAUCAGGAGAGACGGGCCGUUCCAUUGUGAGCGGUCUCCUCGCAUCAGACACACAGUUUGAUAUUACGGCUGUGACGCGAGAGCAAUCCCUCCACAGCGGCAACAACGACAAGUUCAGAGAGCUCGGUGUUCACGUCGUCGCCGGGAGCCUAACGGGGCCCGAAGAUGACCUAGUCCGUCUUCUCAAAGGCGCCGACGUGGUGAUUUCGGCCGUCAACGCGAUUGCGUUGCUAGAUCAGAUUCCCUUGGUGAACGCAGCGAAGAAAGCGGGGGUUGGACGCUUCAUCCCUUGCUCAUUCGCUACCGCGUGUCCCCCAGUCGGUGUCAUGGGACUGCGGGAACUGAAGGAAACAGUCUUGAACCACAUCAAGAAAAUCUACCUCCCAUACACGCUGAUUGAUGUGGGCUGGUGGUAUCAAAUCACCCCUCCUCGUGUUCCGUCGGGCCGGGCCGAUUCUGGGCUUCUGGCUCCCGAGACGCAUCUGUUUGGGGAUGGAUCCGCCCUCUCGUGCCUUACCCACAUUGACGAUAUCGGACGAUACGUGGCCAAGAUCAUCGCGGAUCCCCGGACCUUGAACAAGGCGGUUUUCGUCUAUAAUGAGGCCUGGACGCAGCAGCAGAUCUUUGACAAGGUCGAAGAGCUGAGCGGAGAAAAGCUGGAACGUAACUACCUAUCUGCAGAGGAUCUGCAGGCGCAAAUUGACCAGCUGAAAAAGCCUGACGAAGAGGAGCCGACUGACUUCAAGACCCUGAGUUGGCUCUGGGGUCUCCAGUACAAGUACUCGUGGGGCAUUCGCGGCGACAACAGCCCCGAAAACGCCGAGUACUUGGGCUACCUCUCUGGCAAGGAGCUCUACCCGGAUGUGGAGUUCAUUUCAUUUGAGACAUAUUUGAAGGACCUGCUGGCAGGCAAGGCCAAGAGGGUCUACCUCUGA